AUGAUGCAGUCUAAUACGAAAUCUGCCUGCUUGGCAUUGCUCUUCUUGGGUCUCAUGACUUUUGCCGAUUCCGCGACUGACAGCCUCCUACCAGCUCUUGCCGAUGACGUUCACACUCAACCCGGGCGCUGGAACUUAGGGACUGCGGCUCUCAUUCUCAGAGGCGUGUCCGAUCUUAUAGGCCAAUCUGUGAUUGGCUAUCUUCUCACUACCCAGCCUAAGCAUUAUGCAAUGAAUAUAAACACCACAAGUAUUCUUGCCGCCACUACUUUCACACUGUUGAGCUUAUUUUACGACCAUCAAUGGCCUGUCUUAGUUGCCAUAGGAGGUCCUCUAGUAAGAUCUUUCGGUCCAUUUGUUACCUCUAUCCUCGUUGAUUACAGUCACUUCUUGCCUGGGGUCCUGUCCGCAAUCUGUUCCCUCAUCUGCUUUGGGAUCGUUGAUUCAUUGAAACGUCCGCUAUACGAGAGCAAUAGUUCUAGCCAUGAUGAGUUCACUUCCUUGUUGCCCAACCACCAAAACGACGCUGAGCUUAAGAGCCUCAGCAUACCGGUUACAGGGUAUUUGGCUAGAUGCUUUGGCAAGAAGUCUUUGAUCAGAGGCUCGAGUCUAAUAUUUCUGCCGCAAGUCUUUUUUCUCAUGGCUAUUUGUAAAUCAACCCGGCCACUUUUCAAAACCUACAUUCAGCACAGAGACGAUGUUAGUCCCACAGAGGCCGAGGGUUUAUGGCUUCUACGUAGUGUUAUGAGCUUUGUGGUUUUUGGCAUCGUCCUACCAGCCAUUGUUUUGGGCACUGCACCAAAGAUGUCAUCCCCUAACAGCAUCAACCUUCAUGUCACCAGAAUCAGCGUUGUAUUCAUUUCGACCGGUGCCUUCAUGAUAGGUCUUUCCGGUUCUCUACAUUCCAUCACCACAGCAACGGAUCUCAGCCUACUUGCCUUUGCAUCGUGUUACUUUAACAGCACAGAGGCAGGAACUGUCAUGAUGACCUUGGCAUCGAUCGAGAGCCUGGGAACAUUGCUCGGAAUCGGGGUGCUAUACCCAAUCUAUCAAUGGAGUAUGAACGAAGACCUACCGUUCCUCGCUGGAGGUGUUCCUUACUACAUAUGCGGGUCUCUAUACGCAGCCACUGCAGGCGUUAUGUGGUCUUUGAAAACCAGAAGACAAGCUACUGAGUCAUGAGCUGUGGUAUGUUGGAACAUCCCUGCAAUACCUAUACUAAUAGACGUUUCAUUGCUGUAGGGGAUCAAAUGAGUCUCACAAGCAUUAGCAAAGCAUUUCAAGUCUCAUCUCAGUAUCAUGGCGAAGCUGUUGACCAUCACCAUGCUGAGACCAUGGCGGGUCUUCGGUGCCGCAUUAUCUAGAAAGCCCCUAACUUGGGGUCAGGAUACAUGAGAAGCUGAGUUGGGCAUUUGGGCGGCCAACCAAAAAUGGCAGUUUGAUGGGGUACAAAAUUUGUAAAAAAUACAGGAAUGCAGGUCGAGGUAUUUGGAGUCUCCUUUUCUCCCCGUGAAGUUACAGAAGCCGGUGCGAGUCCUCCUCG